AUGAAGACGAACCAGUGGCGCAAAGGAGCCUGGGAAAGCGCACACAACGGCGCAAGCCUUGCACUCGCCCUUCUGCUCAUCUCAGCCAUACCACCCUGCACAGGUGCUCCAGUGUUCCCAGAGAAUGACAAGCUGCUAAAGCAGAUAGAUACCGCAUGCUCCUCCCUCCUCCCUGAAGAACAACCUCUCAGGACAUUGGACACGUUGUGGGAUCUGUGUGACCUGACGCAGGGUGUGUUGCAGAAAUCUCAGGAACUGGCAGCUCGAGAAACCACAAAAAGGUUUUUAUUUCAUUACACUAAGCCGAAUUCUGGAUUGCCUGAUGGGACGGCCACUGUGUUUCACCCUCUCCUGCAGCUCAUACCGCAGCUCCAUAGCAGAAGACGCAGAAGAGUAGCAUCACAUGAGAACCCACGCAUGAUCCAGAGCAGAGGAUACUUCUUAUAUCGGCCACGUAAUGGGAGACGAUCAACAGAAUAUGUGUAAAGGAUU